AUGGUAAACAGCCUCACGAGGCUGAUGGUCUACCCUAUGCCCCUGAUCAGUGAUCUGCUAGAAGAUCUGGAUAAAGCGCUAUGGUACUGCUCGUUAGACAUGGCCAGCGGGUUCUGGGUCGUGCCCAUGACGGAUCGGGCUCGCGAGAUCUCAGCAUUCAUUACUCCGUUUGGACUAUUCGAAUGGAGCCGCAUGCCUUUUGGUCUUACGAAUGCCCCACAGAUUUAUCAGCGCCUCGUAGACAACGCGCUGUAUGGAUUUUUGAAGAUCUCUCGAUCCGGUGACGCUGGGGCCACAACGGAUGUGCUCCAGACCGGGAUCGCGGAUGAUCCUGAUCGCGAGUCGGUGCUGGGUCGGAGAUCAUACAUCGACGACAUCAUGAUCGCAGCGGAAUCGUGGGACCAAAUGUGCCGAAGAGUGGAGAAUCUGUUGGAGGCUUGUGACAAGUGGAAUCUGACGAUCAGUGUAGCCAAGAGGUUUUGGGGCAUGGAUAAGGUAGGAUAUCUGGGACACGGAGUGUCGAUCGGAGGUUUGGGGGCAAGCCUGAAAGAUCUGAAAUCGCUGACCGAUCUGCCAUUCCCCGGAUCACUGCGAUCUAUGCAGUCGUUCCUGGGCAUUGGAGAACUGGAGAAACGAUCGGAUCUGAGGGAGAUCUUGGACCGGAAUGACCCGAUCCCUCGAGAUCACGACCCAACGGAACUGAAGUUGACGGGAUCAGUGGACGAGAGCGAUUGGGCGAUAUCCGCUUGGUUGACGCAAGAACACGACGGGAUCUACCACCCGGUAGCGUUCGCCAGUCGCACCUUGAAGACGAACGAGUUGAAUUACAAUGUGACGGAGAAGGAGGUGCUGGCGUUGCUGAGGAUCCUAGAUCUCUAUUACAAUUUGCUCGUAGGACGUGAGAUCCGGGUCCUGACGAGGCACUCUACGCUGGCCUGGCUGUUCAAGUCGACGGGGUUACAGGGUCGCCUGGGACAAUGGUCUGCCCUCCUGGCCCCAUGGACACUCGAGAUCACGAAGUGCACAAAGGGCUAUCUCGAGAGCCUCAUCGUGAACGAAGCCGAGUAUAAUGGCUUGAUCCUGGGACUCGACAUGCUAGAGGGUUUAGAUCGCAGACGUCUGGUGGUCUGCGGGGAUUCUAACCUGGUGAUCCGACAAGUACGGGGUGAGAUCGACUGCAAAGCACCCGGACUGACACUAUUGAAGAAGCGGAAGGCCCUCGAUCGUCUGAGGAAAUGGGAUGAUCAUGAGUUGGUUCACGUCAAGAGGGACUGGAACGGAAGUGCCGACAGUCUAGCAAGCGCUGCUUUGCAACGACAAGGGGGGAUCGAGGUCCAGGAGAAGCACGGGUACCAGGAUCUGGUUACCCUGAACCGAUCACUGGCGGGUGUCAUGGAUGAGGAUCGGAUCCGAGAAAUCCGAGUCGGUCGGAUUAAGCAAGCUCAAGAGGACUGGAUCACCGGCAUGAAGAAGUACCUGAGUGGCUCGAUCGCGGAUCUCACUCAAGCGGAAGCAAGGUCGUAUGGCAAGAUCGCGGCUGAUUACGAGAUCGGGCUGACCGAUGUCGGAUCGCACCAGAUCGACGCCGGAUCUCGCAUCUGGUUGUACUUAGAUCGAGUGAAGGAAGGAUACGCGCGGAAAUUGGCUCACCUAUGGCCGUUCCGGGUCGCUGAAAAGAUCAACGAAUUCAGCGUCAAGCUCGAGAUAGCAGGCACAGGGUACCAGAUCUUCCCAGUGGAACACAAUGAGGCGGAUCGUCUCGAUUUCGACGAGAUCCUGCUCCAGGAGGACAUUUGGGUCCCGGAUCUAGGGGCCGUUGAGUAUGAGGUCGAGCGGAUUUCUGAUGUGCGGAGUGGGAAGAAGACACGAUUUGGUCGGAUCUAUCGAGAAUUCCUGGUUCAUUGGGCGGGAUAUGAUGAGCCGACCUGGGUCGACGAAGCCGAGCUCAACUGCGGGGCAAUGUUGAACGCCUUCCUUCGAGAACGGGUCAAUCGGAAUCGCUUCAAUGUGAUGCAAUCACAUGAAGAGAUGUAA